CUCGCGCCCCUUGCCGGCCUGUCCACCCCAAGGCGUCCUGAAACUCGUCCCACCCCCCGCGGGUGCUCGGCAGUGCUGCCCAUGGCCCAGGCCGAGAACCUAUUUAGGGCGCCCGACUGGCUGGACGGUGGCGAGGCUCAGUAACUGGCGGCCUGCGGCACCCAUGCGCCCCUGACCGGAGGCGUCCGUCCCCGCUGCACCUUCAUGACCCCGCGGCGCGAGGCCCAGUGAAGCCACCUGGUGUCGGGCAUGGCUGCGCUGCUCCUGGGCGCGGUGCUGCUGGUGGCCCAGCCCCAGCUGGUGCCUUCCCGCCCCGCCGCCGCCGCCCCUGGGGCCGAGCCGGGCCAGCCCGAGCUCGCGCGGAAAGCGGGGACCCUCCAGGACGACGGCCGGGGCGGCGGAGCCGGCAACGGGUCGGUGCAGCAGCUGCCCCAGACCAUCAUCAUCGGGGUGCGCAAGGGCGGCACGCGCGCGCUGCUGGAGAUGCUCAGCCUGCACCCCGGCGUGGCGGCCGCCGAGAACGAGGUGCACUUCUUUGACUGGGAGGAGCACUACAGCCAGGGCCUGAGCUGGUACCUCAGCCAGAUGCCCUUCUCGUCCCCGCGCCAGCUCACGGUGGAGAAGACCCCCGCGUACUUCACAUCGCCCAAAGUGCCUGAGCGGGUGCACCGCAUGAACCCGGCCGUGCGCCUGCUGCUCAUCCUGCGGGAUCCGGCGGAGCGUGUGCUGUCCGACUACACGCAGGUGCUGUACAACCACGUGCAGAAGCGCAAGCCCUACCCGGCCAUCGAGCAGGUCCUGCUGCGCGGCGGCCGCCUCAACGCCGACUACAAGGCGCUGAACCGCAGCCUCUAUCACGAGCACCUGCGCCGCUGGCUGCGCUUCUUCCCGCUGCGCCGCAUCCACAUCGUGGACGGCGACCGCCUCAUCAGGGACCCCUUCCCCGAGAUCCAGAGGGUCGAGCGGUUCCUGAAGCUGUCCCCGCAGAUCAACGCCUCCAACUUCUACUUCAACAAAACCAAGGGCUUUUACUGCCUGCGGGACAGCGGCCGGGACCGCUGCUUGCACGAGUCCAAAGGCCGGGCGCACCCCCACGUCGACCCCCAACUGCUCAACAAACUGCACGAAUAUUUCCACGAGCCAAAUAAAAAAUUCUUCGAGCUGGUCGGGAGGACAUUCGACUGGCACUGACUGGCGGUAACCUAGGCCCAGAAACGUUGCUAUUGUACUAAGUAAGUUCUGCUGUACAGCUGGGGGAGGGCGGGGAAAGGAUUUUCAAAAGGCAUUUAAGCUAUAAUUUAUUUGUAAAAUCCAUAAAUUACUUCUGUACAGUAUUAGAUUCACAAUUGCCAUAUAUACUAGUUAUAUUUUUCUACUUGUUAAAUGGAGGGCAUUUUGUAUUGUUUUUCAUGGUUGUUAACAUUGUGUAAUAGGUCUCUAUAUGAAGGAACUAAAAUAUUGCACUGCAACCAAAAAAAGAAAAAAAAAAAAGAUUUUUCUGGAGACAGUAUCUUUUUUUGAAUAUAAUUAACUUGCCCCCAACUCAAAACAGCUUCCUGUGUUGCACUUUUUGAAAAAUCUAGAUUCUUUUACUACUUUAAAAAAAAAUAAUAAUAACUGUGUUUCUUAGCCCGUUAUGUUCCCUGCUCUUCCCUCUCCAUUCUGCGUUGUUCUUUUUAAGUUG